AUGCGCGACGCUGCUAGUGACGUAAGCCAACAAGACUUCAAGUCUUCAAGGAGUCCCUUGCUGUUUGUUCGUUGUCAAAUGUGGAAGAAGCCUAUAGAUCAACUCGUUCCUAUUGAAAAGCUCGGUUACGACUACGUGAACAAAUUCUCCAACAACAUCGAUACCCGCGUAACCUACAAACCCUCUAGGCUCGGUUACGACUACGUGUAUAACUUCUUCAACAACAUCGAUACCCGCGUAACCUACAAACCCUCUAAGCUGCGCAGCAUGGAGUGGACCUGGAGCAAUGGGAGUUGGGCGUGGAACGCGUAUAUUGACAGUAAUGUGAACCCUGAUGCUGUUUUGUUCGAGAAUGGAGCAAAAUUACAUGUAGAUGAUCUCGACAAUGGGGGUAAAGCUGUCAUUGAGCUUCCUCCUAACGCAACGGUCUACGAAGUCAUUUGCCAGAUUAAUUCUUUCUAUACUACGGAAAUCGAAGCGCCAAAGGGACUGGACGAAGCAGGUCGCUACUAUAGUCCUCGUUGGGAACGCCAUCCUGUAGAAGUGGGUGGCUUUAAGAAACAUAGAACCCACCGGGAGCACGUUAAGGAGCACGUUAAGCAAAUACCAUCUUCUGCGGAGAAACAUCUCUGUCGUUCAGCUCUUGUUGCCGCAGGCAAGCCAGACGUUCCCACGGUGCCGAAAACCGUGCAACUGGCUGUACGAUACUUGCUGGAGACUGAUGGAGGCUCUGGGAACUUCAUUCGGCGAUUCAUAUCUUGGAUGAGUGACAUGUUCCCAGAAGCGUACUACGAGCACUGGGAUACGUGCCAUCACCUAUACCCUCUUGUCAAAAUCAUGGCCGAACACCGCCCGACGGAUAAUACGUUACUCACAGGGUGGGCAUUAGUGCUUUGUCGUUGCAGUCGAUAUGCCAGGGAACAAGUCUGGCUCGAUGAGGCCCUUCCACUGGCAACAAAGUCACACAACGCCGCGCUACAGGUGUACCCACCGAUACACGAACUGUGUUUGGAGAGCAAACAGUAUGUUGGCAGAAUCCUGCGUGACCAAGGCCUCGACGAGGAAGCGGAAACGAUAUUCUCUGAUCUGUGGACCAUGUGCAAGGAGCACUCCAUUUCGAAACAUCCCCUGGCCCUAACCAUUGGUGAAGACCGGGCGUUCAUGCAUUCGUGCUUGGGAGAACCAGAGGCCGGCCUAGAGCUGAUACAACAUAUCGUCCACGUCCGGGAAGAGUGCGAAGGGCCCGAAGGAGCCCACCCUACUGACGUGGUCGGCUCUUAUUCGAAUAAGGGUAUGCUACUUCGGGAGUGCGGCAAACUACCGGAUGCUGUGGAGGUGUUUAAAAAUGCCAUAAAAAGAUCAGUGCAAUUCAGGAUCCCUCGUAAUCAUCCUGACAUGCUGAUCUUUCAAAUCGAGCUGGCCACAACAUAUCGAAAGCAAGGGAAAAAGAAGCUCAGUGCAGCAGUAGCGCUUCUCAAGAAAGCGCUCGCUAGAUGGGCCGAUGCGGAAAAAAUCUACAUCAAUGUAGUAAAGUACCACGAAACAAAUCCCGGCAACAAUCAAUCUAGGCUCCUUCAAGCCAAAUUGAAUCUGGCUUGUGCAUAUGACGGGCUGGAGGAGUUUGAAAAGGCAGAAAAUCAACAAAGGGCCGUAAUGAGGAGGUCCAAGGAAAUGUUUGGAGAGAGUCAUCUCCUCACGGCACAGAGUAUGGACGAUUUGGCCUUUUUGAGGCAGAAAUCGGGUGAUUAUACCGAAGCUUUGGAUCUGAUGCGGAAGUGCCUGGCAGUCCGCCAGCAGCUGUUGGGUGCGGAGCAUGAGGACACAAUAUUCGCUCAGGAUGCACUAACCACAUGGAGUGAGAAGUAUGCGGCAAGGGGUGGAAGUUCCAAGCGUACCCAGACGGCAGGCAAUCAGUCAGAGGAGCGAUGGAAAAGAGAAGGAAGUUAUGAGGCGAUUACCUGA